CUCAGCUCCUCCUGCUCUUAGUACAACAGAGCCAAUCAGAAAAUAGUUUUGUGUCUCUUUGGCUUUGAAAACAUAAGGAGAGGGUGAGAGGAGCUACGCUGAAAGAUCUCUCACCAUGAACCGGGCCUGGGCUGCGUUCAGGGCUCACCCGUACAUCAGUAACGUCCUGGGAUACACAACGCUGUUUGCCUCCGCUGACCUCAUUCAACAAAGCGUGCUGGGUGGGAAACACACUGCAGGAUCUGCAUCAGAGGACUCGGCUGGCAUCGACUGGUGUCAGACGGCUCGGGUGGCGACUGUCGGCUUCUGUUUCCAUGCCAACUUCAACUACCACUGGCUCCGUUGGCUGGAGAGGAUGCUGCCUGGAGGCGGAGUGAAGGCAGUGACAGGGAAAGUUGUGGUGGAUCAGCUGGUCGCAGCUCCUCUCACCAUCAGUGCCUUUUAUAUCGGUUUAAGCUUACUGGAAAACAAAGAUGACCCGCUUGAAGACUGGAGGCAGAAAUUCUGGACAUCUUACAAGACCGGAGUGGUAUACUGGUCAACAAUGCAGGCCAUGAACUUUGCCUUCGUCCCCCCUGUGGCUCGGACAGCGUUUGUGGGAGGCAUUGCACUGACUUUCACCAUCUUCCUGUGUCACCUCAGGCAGCAGAGCGGCCACAAACUGGAAUAAACUUGAGAUCCUCGACUCAAUGAUGCAAGUUUUUGUACUGACUGUCUGUGACGUUAGAAAAGGCUUAUUUAAGGGAAGAAUUCAGUUGCACAGUGAUUACAUUUACUGAGAAAACAAAGGAGGAUUCCUAAAUAAGCUAAAGGUCACGUCUCUGUGAAUCAGCUGAUUAGCCCACAUCGGUUUUUGUUCAGCUGUGAUGAGUUUCAACUUCCCCAUCUCCAAAUAAACUACUGUAUCCAAAUGCAAAUUACAAUGAUGCAAUAGAGUUUA